UGGCAAUCUUUCGUUCCUUCAUAGCGGUUGAUGAGCAGUUUGAGCGCGUCGUGCAAGUUGGCCGUGCAACGUCGGGCAACGUCACGCUCUUGAUCGAUUUUGGGCUUGGAAAGCAAAGAGUAUCAUGCCGUCUGGAAAAAGUCUAGCUUCCCCGAUUGUUAUCAACGAUUAUGAAGAGUAUGAUGAAGACGAACUAUGCAUUCUCCCAGGCGACCCAGAUGAUAUAUUAAAGCCUGCCGACACCGCGAAGAUUGCACGGGGAGAUGCCGAUGAGGAACUUACUGUUGUGGCAGACAAAGGAACGUUUGCCUGCCGAGAUUUUCCUCACGCAAGAUGCUUCUGUUCGAAGUUCCCGUUCCGUAAAACGGAGUGCAGGCUUUAUUGCCACCAGUGUUUCUGCUAUGUGUGUGAGACACAAGCUCCAUGUGGUCAGUGGAUUGGACAUUGUAUAGCGGACCAUGCAAGUACAUUUUGGCGAGGCAAACGACGUGAAGCCCUUGAAGUCCAUUCAUGGGCUCUCUUCAUUGUCAUUGCAGCCCCAGCCAUUAUCCUCGUCAUCAUAUUCGUCGUCUUCGUCCUCUUCGUCGUCUUCGUCGUCUUCGUCGUUUUCGUCGUCUUCCUCGUCUUGGUCCUCUUCAUCUUCAUUAUUUUCGUCAUCGGUGGCAGCAGCUUCAUCAUCGAGGUCUUCUCAAUCUUUAUCGUCGUCGGUGGCAUCCACAAGACCAUCACAGCCUUUGAGCUCAUCAUUGGCAACAACAUCAGGGCUUGCAAGCUCGUGCUCAAUAUUAGGGGUACCCAGCUCAUGCCCUGUGGUAGUGGCAAGGGCCGCAUUGUCGUCCAUCUUGGAAGCACCAUGCGCGAUGGCAUCAGGGGAUCUUGCACACAGAUUCAAUGAAGUAGCCGGACCGCCGGGUGUGGGCACUUCCCCCCACAGUAUGACAAAUGGCGGUUCCUUCUCUCAUUUUGGUCGUCCCCCUCCUCUGUCGUCUCUUCCCGUUAACAACCACCAGGUUUACCUUGGGAUUUCAAGGGAAUCGCAGGGGAUUAAAAAGAGAGCCUACCGACGAUCUCAUGGCCGGCAACCUGGGCGUUGGUGCCCCUAGGAUGCAUCUCCAACUUCUGUAAGUGAGGCAUGUUUUUUUUUUUUUUUUUUUCCCCAACCGUUCACAAUCCCAGGGUACACACAAGCUAUAGGUCCGUACAACCAAAUUAUUGUGCCCUAUUUGCUCCCCAGAAG